AUGAGAAGUAAAUCCAUCUUAGCCGGUGCAGUGAAUGUUCCAAUCGAACCGACGUCGAAUGUUGAUUCAAGAACGACAAAUAAUAUUAUAAUCAAAAAUUAUAGUUCUGAGAACUUGAAAGAAAAGGAACCUAUUUCCUAUGGUCCUGUGAAAGAACUUAAGUCGGUUAAUUUAAACACAGCUUCAAACGCAAACGCUAACAGUGAAGUUAAGUUAGAAUAUCCACCUCCAUUAGAACCAAUCAUAUCGCGUGAUGCUCAAGAAGAGCUCAAAGGGUUCUCGGGCUCAUUGAGCCCUAACCCUUAUUCAACUAUUCAAACAAAUCCUUCAGAUAACGUAGACCAUUACCUCCUUAAUUUAUACCAAACAAUAUUACUUAAAGAUGAUAAGAAGCUUUUGAUAAAUCUUAUUAGUAAGAAUCAAAUAAUUUUAACAAAGGAGGAUUUAGAAAAUGUUAUAUCAAGAAUAACAGGGAAACAGUGCGUUAUUGAUUAUCUCGACCCCGAAAUCGAAUGCUGCGGUCAGAUGCCGGUAUUUAUGAAAAUCGGUAGUAUUAGAAUAAUCGAAACACCAGGAACUACAGGAGUUGAGUUUAAGUAUAAAUAUUCAAAUGAAUACACAAAACUUUCAACAGAAUAUAAACUCUGCUUGAAAUAUGUUUUAACGAAUUAA